GCUGCAUUGUCGUUUUGCGUUCGGAAAUCGUGAACGUUGGAAGUAGAAGCGUGAUCCCUGUUAGAAUCAAUGAAAUUAGAAUGAUUUUUCAACCUUUUCUUCCCCGUUCUACACUGUAAAUAUCUACAAAAUACACUGCGUCAGUUUUUAACACCAAGUCUUUCAUCCAACUCGCCAUGGGGCGGAAGAAGAAGAAGCCUAUGAAACCUUGGUGCUGGUACUGCAACCGAGAAUUUGAAGAUGAGAAGAUCCUCAUCCAGCACCAGAAGGCGAAACACUUCAAAUGUCAUAUUUGCCACAAGAAGCUGUACACAGGCCCGGGACUGGCUAUACACUGCAUGCAGGUUCACAAAGAGAACAUUGACAAGGUGCCCAAUGCCAUCCCAGGCAGGUACGACAUUGAGGUGGAGAUCUACGGCAUGGAGGGCAUACCGGAGAAAGAUCUGCUGGCGCAUGCUGCCAAGACAAACCAAAAAGAAAAAGGUGAUGCAGAGGACGAACCCACAAAACCGAAGCAGUCGGCCCAGUCCACGUCUCAGAACAUACCCCCGCCUCCGAUGAUGCCUGGAAUGAUGCCGGGACAUAUGCCGGGACAGAUGCCGGGCCAGAUGCCGGGCCCAAUGCCAGGGCAGAUGCCGGGCCCAAUGCCAGGGCAGAUGCCCGGCAUGAUGCCGGGUCAAAUGAGGGGUCCCAUGCCCCCGGGCAUGCCGCCGAUGCCACCCAUGCCACCACGGAUGCCAGGCAUGCCAGAGAUGCCUGGUAUGCCUCCCUUCAUGCCGGGUAUGCCGAUGCCACCCAUGCCGCCGGGGUUCCGACCUCCCAUGGGCGGGCCAGGGGGUAUGAUGCCACCCCGCGGCCUACCCGGCAUGCCACCAGUUUCCCUGGAAGCCCCAGCCUCGUCUACCUCCAGCAAUCAGCCGGCGACCGCUGCCCAGGCAGGGCCCAGCCUGGGCCCCAUGGGCGGGGGCCAGCAUCAGCAACCGCCCAAGCCGCUCUUCCCGAGUGCAGCAGCCGCUACAACGGCGUCAGUCACGGGCCCUGGUAAUUCUACCUCGGCGUCCACCAUCGGCCCCGUCAAACCCACAUUCCCAGCUUACGCCAACCCGGCUCCGGAACCGGCCAAGAGCAUGCCGAUCCCCAGCCCUAACACGGCGACGGUCACGGCGGCCGCGCCCAAGCUCAACACCCCCGCCUCGACGAUGGCAGCAGAGAAGACACCCUCUAGCGGCAAAGGCAUGACCACAGGUACCAGUAAGAUAGUGCACCCAGACGAUGAGCUCUCCCUGGAAGAGUUCCGAGCCAAUUUGCCGAAGUACAAGAAGACAAUCGCCCCCUCAGCCUCUUCAGUACCCGUCAGCGCCCCUGCCAUGCCUCCUCGGCCCCCGCACAUAAUGCCUGGCGUGUCCAGUAUGCCUCAGCCACCCAUCAGACCCCAAGGUGGGAUGACCAUGCCUCCCCAGCCCCCAAACCCACCAAUGGGAAUGAUGCCUACACCUCCUGGUGGCCUGAUGCAAGGUAUGCCCCCCAUGGGCCAAAUGCCACAGAUGCCCCCUCGCAUGGGCGGAAUGCCCAACCAGCAGGGAGGGAUGUUCGGCGGUCAACCCAUGAUUCCCGGCAUGAGCCCGAUGACUUCAGCCGGGCCUCAACACCCCAGCAUGCAGCAAGGUCCACGGAGAUACUGAGCUCAAAGGAACUGUUGUGGCUUUCUGUCAGCAUUCAUGAAUAGACUUUACUUCAGUCGCCCAUUACGUUUUCAAGGCAAGUCCUCCACAUAUCUACAGUAAUGCUGUCGUAAAGUGUGCAUGGACAGGAUGGAUGAAUUAUUUGGACGAUUUGUCUUCAGUUCAAAACUUUAGGUUGGCGAAAACUGUUGAUUCCUUUUAUUUUUUCAUAAAUGUGUACCGUUUAAAAAAAAAGCAACCUUUUUUUUUUAUCGUGAUUCUUUCAAAUUACAGUACCAAACCGUACUCGAUACUUCAGCCAUAAAAAGAAUAGAUUUGCAAUGUGUGAGCAGGGUUUGAUGGGUUGAUUGUUGGAGAAAAAGGCUGUGUAUUGCUCGGACAACUUGUUGCAUGUAACACAAGCUAUUGUUCAGAUUAUGCAAUAUCCGUUUAAGAAAACUUGGUAAGUACAGGUCCCAGUUGUCAGCGUUCUGUUGUAAGUUUCCCGUUGGUGUAUCGUUAAAAAGUUUGGUGCGUACCUGUACAUGAGACAAUCAAUCACAUCUCGGCAAUGGUAACGCUGAGAUCAUACCUACCUUUCGCCGUGCCCCUUUCCUUUGUUGUGACUUCUAUCAAUGGUAGGUCGUAUACUCGUGUGUCGGAUAACUUUUCAAUCUUGGCCCUUUUUUGUCCCAGUUCAAAGUCCACCGUUCAAACUUAAGCUCAAAAGUUCAAUGCCAGUUUUGAGCGAUUCACAAUGUAGGAACACGUUGCUGUAUAAGAAGGGAAAGGUCGGCUUUAUCUGCAAUGCAUCGUGGGAACAGUUCAUUUGGUUAUUGAGAAUCAAGUCAAAAGGAUUAAUCAUGACCAGAAUGUUGGGUCCCCUCCCUUUUUAAGUUAACGUCCUUUGGAAAGUUGCCGCACGGUAGUUGUUUUACACAAAGCAGGAAGGACUCUACUGUUUGCAAUUCAUGUUUUGUUGUGCCCAUUAACUGGGGCUUUUUUCCAUUUAUUUCAAUUUUUACUUCCUUUGGCUCUCAGACCUUAAAUUAGAGUAAAGACUGGUACAUGUACUAGACAGCUUCUUCAGGGACGUGUUGAUUAUCUUUAAGCAAGCAUGGAUAGUUUUUUACGUGUACGUCUAAUAUCUCAAUGGAAAAUUGUACAUCGCUGCGCCUCUGAAUACAAAAGGUAAAGAUGAUGCUUGCCCCCGGGCAAAAUCGACAAAGUAAGUAUCAGAAAAAAUGUGAGUACUGCGGCUCAGUUUUAAACACCAUGAUUGACUUUAAAAAAUUGCUCAAAUUGCCAAAUUCACCCAAAACUGUACAGAGAAGUCAUGCUGUGGUGAUUUGUUUUUUGUAUCACUUAUUCCCAAGCUGUCGAAAGAAAAUUGAGGUUUUAAACUUCGCACAAUUUAAGUUUUGGGUCCGAUUUCCCAGUUGUAAAUGAAAAAUGGCAGAUGAGGGUUUUGCUGAAUUCAAAUUUUGAUGUGAUGGUUUGAUUGUCAUUUAGCUCCUGAGUCCAACAAUGUAAGUUGUGUGGUAGGUGCGUUAUGUUCUCUGUGAGGUGCAUGUGCAAAAGAUUGCAUCGGCAUUUUGGAAGCUGUCAUGAAUCCUGAACACUUCUCUAACAGUCACAGGAGGCGCGAUUGAGGUGGGUCUGUAUUUCAACACAUGUAGUGUGCGUCAAACUGCAAAUUGAUCUCAAUUUUUUGAUCUCCUGCGCCAGUACAUCGGAUUGAGAGGAUGCGUACGAGUAUGGUUUACCUUUGGUGACGCCUUCAAUUGGAUCGCCCAACUUGUCAUUUAAGACCCGUCCUCUUAGUUCAGCUAAUGAAAUUACACUUCACCCAAACCUACAAGCAAAAAAGCUGAUCAUUGGAGUGUGUCAGUGCAUUUGAAGACACGCCCUGGGUGUUCCCGUAUGACAGCUUUCAAGAUGGCACCCAGUGAAAGUCAUUGUCAACAUGAGUUUUUAUGAAAGACGCCAGCUGAGUGAUUGUAAAAUUUGUCAAGCAACCUCUUUUUCUGGAAAAAUUGUUCAUUCACAUGUAUUUUAGCAUAUGUGUGAUUCUCUCCGGAGAUGGUUUCCAACGGAAAGACAAGGUAACCUUUGUUAGCAGUUAAGAAUGUUAACACACAUGUACACUGUGUAUGAGCCAAAUGCUUUUCAGUCCAGAAAGUAUUAUGUAGGCAAGGAACCAGACUUUGAUCCAGUGUCAUAGCAGUCUGAUGUUAGUCAGAUCCCUCUGUUCUCAAGAUUCCAAAGUUUCCAAAUUUGAAUUGCAGAAGACUACAGACUCAUUUUAAGUGUGAAUUCUACAAGUAUUUGUUGGAAAUUCCUUGAGGAAAUUGUUUUGCUUCCCUUUGUCUUGAGGGCUAAGGUUUGUAAUUGUCCUUUUUAAUUUGAAUCGUGAUUAGAUAAUAAUAAAAUUUAGUUUUGGAAGUUGCAUUGAUGGGUGUGCUUUGAGUUCCUGGUUCUCAGAAAAGGUGAGGAAUAUGGCCUUCAUCGCUUCCCCUGGUUGCCAACAAAUUUUCUAAUAAAAAAAAAAGAACUGUUUCUUAGUUGUGUGCCUUUUAAUGUGACUGGUCAUGUUGAAUUACUGUAUACCUUAAUCCAAGCUGUUGUGUCUUAGUGAACUUACUGGAUUUUUGAUAAAGGUAUGUUGUUGAAAUUUCUACCGGCUAUUAUGGCCUCCAUGGUGGUCACUUUGGCUGCCAUGCUGGCCACAGUCACUGCUACAAUGGCCUUUGUGGCUGCCAUGCUGAUCACUGCAACUGCCAUGCUGAUCACUGCAACUGCCAUGCUGGCCAGUGCGGCCACCAUGCUGGCCACUGCAGCCCUAUGUUAGUCACUACGGCCUUCAUACUGGCCACCGUGACCACCAUGCUGGCCACUGUGGCUGCCAUGAUGGCCACUGUGACCACCAUGCUGGCCACUGCGGCCUCCAUCCUAAAGAGUUCAGUGACACACACAUCCAUGGGGAAUGCUUUCAUGCAUGCAUGUUUAAUUUCUACGCUCAGAGAAAUGAAGCUCUCCGGCACGUACACAUAAAUUAAAAUAAAUAACUUCAGACAUGUCAUAUCAAGUGUGUAAAAUGUAAUUGUAGGAUGCAUGCAUGUGCUGUAAUCAAAAUUCCAACUUCCAGCAAAUUCCAACAUUUGUAAGACCCUUCACUUUUCUUCAUUGUAGCCAGCCCUGCUGCCCUCAGGGGGGAUCUUUGGCUCUGACGGCAGGCAAACUCCGUGCAAAAAUCAUUGAAUUUUGUCUCAGGCAAGUCACACGACAUUAAUUUAAAACUUGCUUGCCAAGAAAAUUUCACAGUGACUGCAGAAGUAGAUUUUCCUCACUGUCAUUUGGACGGGAUUUGUAGACUGGCGGGAGAGGAGCAUUAAGCACAGUGAUGUGGUGUGGAAUUUGGGGUACCAUACAUCGUUCUUGACCAAUCAAGAAACUUGUUAUAAGAUGGUGAGAAGAAAUGGGUACUUUUGAUAAAAUUGUGGACUUCGUUGGCAGUAUCAUUAAGACUGGUAACAUCUGUACAAAUGGAAGCACACACCUGGUUUUCAGAAAGAUUGAGGAAAAUCUUCUCAAGCAUUGCUGUUGGACUCUCGUCCCCUAUAUGCCAAAGGCAUAUAAGGCGAAAUGUGGCGGUUUUUUCAUAAGUAUAAAUCAAAAUGAAUAAAUUAAAAUAAGUACCUUUUUUGUGAUAAUUGGCAUGUAUAAUGUUGGACAGCAAGAAUUGCAGUGUGCAUGUGGUUGCCCAUAUGUAAACCCCAAAAUAGUUCAUUCCAAUGCUUGCAUGAAUAUUUAUAUUACAAAAGACUUCUCAUUUGUUUCCAAACCGGCUGGGCCCUUUUAGAUUUAUUCAACACAUGAACUAUAGAGCAUUAGAUACAGAGGUUGACAUCUGAGGAGGUUCAACGUGGGACUUCGUUUAUGGGAUCUUGCUAACAAUUUUGCCCAUGGUUUCAGCAAAUCUGAUUUACAGCCUGGAGACUGCCAGUCGAUGUUUUAGUGGAGUCCACCUCAAAUCUCUUCAAGUCCUUGCAAGUUGAUCAGAAGCCGUCCAGUCUCAAGCCAAGUUACAACAUCUUGUGAACUGUGACACAAGAACUUGGAUGUCUUUGUUCACCUUUGUACUGAUGACUGGACUUGUGAAGAGAGUUGUGGUGGACGUGACUACAACAUUGUCACCGGUCAGCGUGUUUAUGCACAGACCAAUCUGCUCUAUCACUGGUUCCCCUCUGUCAUGUUUAAUACUGGUUCCCUUCACUGCCUUCACUGGUUCCCCUGUUCUCGAUUGGGGAAAGGAACCGUUGAAAAGGCCCUUGUCCAAUCCCAGAGUCCCAAGACCACAAUAAAUGGAUGGUACAUUAUGGAGGUUGAAUCUUGCACUCAAAUCUCUUGACAAAAAACUCUUAAAAGGAGCAACUCCCAAAUGGUUGGUGAACUCUGAAUCAUCGUCCUAUGUCCUCUUUCUGGCUUUAUCCCUAAAUGACCUCUCUGCUUUCAAAUGUUUCCUCCAGAUGUUUAAACUAAAAAUGUACUUUGUCCACUUGGUGACAGUAUAUUCCACCUGAUAACAGCUUGUCAACCUCGAAUAUAUCUCCCUCUUUAUCUCACCCAAUCAAAUCAACAUCUGAGUGCCUAAUUUGCAUAUUGCUACUUCAUAAAACUAAGCCCAGAAUCUUCUCUUGUGUCCUGUGUACUUUCUCUCCUGACUCCAGCCCCUCCUGUGUGUGCAGUGUGCUCCCUAGGGGGUCAAAGUUCACAGGUCAAAGGAGCGAAAAUGUGUAGGCUGUGUAACCCAGGCAAGUCCUUUCCCCCCAAAAAAUGGUUUUUCAGUAGAGUCAAACUUGCCGGUUCAAUUUCACAGCAUAUCUGCUGUUGGACAAAUAUGUCCCCAAUAUGCCUGGGUUUUUGCCUCUUGUCUCCUGUUUGUUUCCUUCCCCAAACUCAUGGCAUAUUUGGCGAAAAAAGGCAUUUUAAAGUACAUGUAUGGGGGUUUUUGGGGGGGCGGUAUAUAAGAAUUUUUGCUUUGUUGAGUUUGGGCUUUUUUGGGGGGUUUCUUUCAUUUUGGGGAAAGCGUAUUUUCUUUUUAUGGGGUGUUUACAGAUUUUUGUGUCAGCAGCUAUUUAUGCAUUGUUAAGACCUAGAGUAAACCAUUUUUGAUCUCAAAUGUUUAUCUUGUUAAAAGUAAAUUGUGGAAAGGCUUUGAAAUGCACUUCAAAUUCUGUGUGCCUUUGUGCAUGUGCGGAGUACUUCUGAGCACCAAGAUGAAAAGAUUUGUAUCUUAUGAAAGAAAAUAUACAUACAAUUUGCCUUAUUCGUAGACUGUUUUUUAACCUUUUACUCUCAACCCAGCAGCAUUUUUUGUCUUCAAUUGCAAGGAAGCUGUGUAUUCGAAAGUAUGUUAUCCAUUUAAUAUGCCUGAACAGUGAGAGGUGUCCCAUGUUAUGGCAUUGAAUCCGGAGCAAAACGAGGAAAUCAACCAAAAGCUAACAGGUUAGAUUUUGUACUCAAAGAUGAGUGGACGGACUUGGAAUAUGAUGUCAAGGUAUGGGCUUUAACUUUGCUAUCAUUGACUAAAAAAAUGGAUUUGCAACAUUUGAAAUAAUCAAGACAACAGGAGUAGAGGUGCUUCUGACGAGAAGAGAAGGCGGCAGUCAACAGAGGCCCUGGACUUGCAUGAAAUAAACCCGGUUGACGUUCUCUUUGCAUCGUUGGAUUGGAUAACAAAGAAGCCAUGCAUUUGUACAUGAACCUAUGUAUGUGGGAAGUGAACCAGCUCAUGAAGACUCGGAUGUAUGCUUAGUAUAUGAGAAAUGUUUAAGGCAGAAGAAUCAUAUUCCAUAAGCUUAUCUUGAGGAGAAAACGCCUUUGGAUUUUUUUGGGAAAGGCUGCCAGUUGUCGCAGUCUGUGAAAAUGAACAUGAUUGGUCAGUGCAGGAUAAACUGCGCAUCCUUAUUCUCUGAUUGGCCAAUACUGGCGCAUUACAUUCAUGAUUAAGUUCAAGACACAAGGUGAUGUUUGUGGGUUUGCAUUAAUUUUCUUUUGCUGGAAAGCUUUAAAUUCAGUUUGGGUAACUGACUUAACACUGUGUCAAAAGAGGAAGCUUGAUUUUGAGUAUUUAGUGAGGUGGAAACUGAUUGUUUUUCACACCAUUCCUCAAUAGGUUCCUGCAUAGAAUGCACUGCUUCUUUCUCUUCCAAUCCCAUGAUGCAUUGCAAAUGAGUAAAGCUUGCUUACUGACUGUGAUGUCCGAGCCCUUUAUGUUAAAAAAAGUUUGACCUCACGUUUUCUUCCGUCCAGUGAAAACACAUCCAACCUGUUGGUGGAUUUGGAAGAUAUGUAAUAGUUUUCUUCAAGGAAAGGGGAGAGUUGAGGGUUGACUGGUGCUAGGAAAUGUGUUUUGACCACAACUCCAAAAACUAGCAUGAAGCUGAGGAUUGUUCAUCAGUUGUGCUUCGAGUGAUGCCAGUUCUGAAAUCACACAGUCACUUGAGAUGCCGAAACCUGCAAAGCUGACAGUACUAUUUGUAAUUGACACCAAAUGAAAAUCUCUGUAAAGUGAAGUCGGCUUACAAUUAUUAGUGCUUGCUUUGUAUCAACUUUUAGUGAAAGAUGAGCGGACAUUUCAUUAAAUUGACAUUUUACAUUAAA